AUGUCCUUCACGUUUGGAAGUGGGACGCCAUCACAAUUUAACAAAAGCAAUUUCAAUACGAAUAAUCACAAUGAAUCUAAAUCCAAUGGAAAUACUUUCAAUGGAAUAACAGCCUUCAAAGACUUUGGUAGCCAACCAAAACCUCCUAUUGCAUCAAACAAUGAGAAACUUCGACCUAGGAAAUCGAAAAAGUUCACAAACAACUCGGGUGUUAACAAAUCCAAUGAUACUAACCUGCUUCCAAAUAAAAAUGGAGGGAAUUCACCGCUGAACUCUCAUAACUGGUCAUCAGAACAACUUCAACAUUAUUCAAGUGAAGACGUUUCAUCAACGGGUCCGUUAUUUCCCAACCCUGAAGCAUUUGGAUUCCAACAAUUGAACAAGAGUAUAACCCCACGACCGACUCCCAGAUAUUUUCUAACACAACCAAAGUAUCUUGACACCCCAACUUUUGUGCAAAAUGAAUGGGACAGGCAAAACCAAAUCAAAAUGGAACAGAUGGAGACAGCAAAUCAAGGUAAAGAUUACCAAGGAUUAUACGAAGACUUGCAAAAACUUCGGGAAAUUGAAAGGAAACAAAUGGAAGAUUUGGGACUCGUUGAUGCCGAAAAUACAGCAAAAAAUUUACAUGAGGCGAUUGCAUUUCAAGGAUCAUGUCAGGACAUGUGUCCUGUGUUCGAGAGAGUACGAAGACAGUUAGAAAAUAAUGUCAACAUAUUGGAGAGGGACCCAUCGACUAAUAAAAUAACAAAGGAGAAAGCCGUGAAAGCAUUUUCGAGACCAGCAGCUGGCCAGCCUCCACCAUUACCGUCAGAAGUAAGGCCGCCUCAUGUUUUGAAAUCUACCUUGGAUUAUUUGAUAGAUAAUGUCGUGGGCAAAUUACCUGAGUCACACUCAUUUUUGUGGGAUAGGACGAGAUCAAUUAGACAAGACUUUACAUACCAAAACAGUUUUGGUCCCGAAGCAGUUGAUUGUAACGAAAGAAUUGUUCGAAUUCAUCUUUUGUCGCUUCAUAUCAUGGCAGGCAGUGAUGUGGAAUUUUCUCAACAGCAGGAAUUGGAACAAUUCAACAAAGCCUUGCAGACUUUGAUGGAAAUUUAUCAGGAUGUACGCAAUAAUGGUGGUAGCUCACCUAAUGAGGCCGAGUUUCGUGCCUAUCACUUACUUAGUCAUAUUCGAGAUCCAGAAUUAGAAAGGCAGAUUCAAAACUUACCUGAUUACAUUUACCAAGAUGGUAAAGUGCAAUUGGCAUUGAAUAUGCGAAAGAUUAUAUCACAAAACAAUAUCGUCGAGCGUGGUGUAACUAAUCUAAUUGGUGCGUUGGACUUUUAUGUGGAAUUUUUCAGGGAUGUAUAUAGCGAUGCUACUCCAUUGUUAAUGGCAUGCUUACUUGAAACUCACUUUAGUGAAAUUAGAUUUUACGCCUUGAAGGCGAUGUCUAGGAGUUUCCACACGCGUGGGAAACCAUAUCAAAUGGAUACCCUCAGGAACUUGCUAGGCUUUGACCUGAGUGAAAAAUUGAUGAAAUUUUUGAAAUAUUAUGAGAUAGAUGUUAUCAUUGAGAAUGGAGAGACAUUGGUUGAUUUGUUUAAUAAAGAUAAGCUUGAAAAUCAGUACAAGCUCAACUCAUUCUACGAGAAACCAAAGUACCCACCAGUUUAUUCAUUACAAUUGGAUAGAAAACUAAAGGGAACUGACUUAAAGAGCAUCAUAAAUAGUGGAGAGCCUAAUGUGAGCUUUCACUUGAAGUCACACAAAGGUGUUAUUGCUCCAGCAAGAAAAUCUACCUCAAAUCCGGUUGCAACUAGCUUCAAAGCUAACACUACACCAUUUCCUACUAUUACUCGUGUUUCCGACUCUUUCAAGCCAAAAGAGGUAAAGUUUUCGCCACCUCAAUUGCAGAGCACGGCAGGACCUCCUUCAGAAGUGGUUGCUUUCUCGCAACCAAAGUUUCAGACGACUACAUCAGGAUUUGAGUCAACAUCAAAACCGUCAACGUACCAGUUUGAAUCCCCUAAGGAUAAGACUGUCUCGAUAGCCACGAAAAAAACAGAGGGUGAAAGUUCAAAUGUCAAUGGCAAUAUCCCAAAACCAAAGUUAAACUUUUCCUUCAGUAAGCCGUUUGCAACUCCGGAGCUGAGGUUUUUUACCCAGAGUGUUAAUGACACCAAAGAGGAAACUACACAAGGUCCAUCAUUUGUAGUUGAAAAUGUGAAGUCAGCGCCACAUUCGCUGACUACUGAAACCCCUUCUCUUAGAAAAGAGAAUUCAAUGGUUGCAAAAACCCCUGAAAAGUUAACCAAUCAUUGUUUGUUUCAAAAAGCAAUAGAUGAGAUUGUACGUGAUUUCGUCAUUAAAAUUGUGGCUUCUGAAUUGAAAUCGAUUUUGGGGAAUGUACUUCGUAGGCACAAUGCUGAAGUUCAACGCCUCAACAUUCUCAAAACAUUGGAAGACGAGUUGUUUUCGGCAUUUGUUGCAGAAAUCACCUAUCAUUGUACCUUAGAUGCUGCUGCAACAUAUAUGCGAAACGUUCUUGUUCAGAAACAUGCCAUUCGUUUAUUGGCCAAGAGAGUUGAGAGAAGUGUAAUUUCUUACAGAUACAAACAAGCGAAAAGACGCGAGCUCCAAUCCGUCACUUUUGAAAAUUCAUUAAAAAGAAGGUCCAGUAGUGAUGUGUCUAGCCUCAUCUCACUGGGCAGGAAGCAUAAAUACGAUCCAGCGAAGAUUGAUUUUGUGAAAAAACAAGAAGAAAUGAAACAAUUAUGGGAGCCUCUAGACUUGAAGAGAUUUGGUGACAUGUGUGCAUCGAAGAUUACUCUCAACAUAACUGAAAAUAACGUGAUACUCAAGUGGUUACUAGUUGUUGAAAAUUGGGAGAAUGAAUAUUCGAGAUGGUUAAUUACAAAGUUUGGGUUGAAACCCAACAUGGAUAGGAUGGUUUAUGAGAACCGUGUUGAAAGUGAUAAAGUUGAUUUAAAUAUAACCAGUUUUCCCAAGAAAGAAUUUGUCACCAAGAAUUUCUUUCACGAUUGCAGUUUUAUUUUAUUUGAAUGUGGUUUAUGCACUAAAUCUAGUGAAGAAAUUGAAGAUAAGUUGACCAAAGAUGCCAAGGUUUUGAAAAAGAUAAUUUCAAUGUGUGAGAAAUGUGGCUAUUACAAACCCAGUAUUCUUAUUCUAUUCUGGGACGCCACACAAUCGGGAAUUUCAAGUGAUAAAGUUGUGAAGUUACUCAACCUACAACAAUACACAUCUACAAGAAAUUUGAAGAACUUGAUAUUUUGUGACAUGGCCAAUGAACGUGGAAGUAUUAGCCAUGUACUCACUCUGUCGGUGGAAAAGAUUGGAAGGGAUUUUGAUGGUGAGCUCAGUGCAAGGGGUGUAAAACAUACCAUCAAAAUGAGGGAGAGCCGCAGAAUGAAACAAAGCAGUGAGUUAUCGAAGACACCGCAAUCAAAUUCCCAUGCACAUAACAGUAUCAUCGAAAAGGACAUUAGUAUGAUGGAGAAUGCAAAGAAACUUAAACAAUACGACUACCUCAAUCGCUCCAUCAACCUCCAUUCCUCAGCAAGAUUUGCAAAUGCUCCUACUAAUACUGGUGAUGUCGCCAAUAGAUCAUUGGCAAAAAUAAUCGCCCAACAUGGAAACAAGUACAAUACAAGUCUGGUCAGUAGUAAUUCAACGUUUUUGAACACCUCAAUAAUGUCCAACAAUUCUAUACUCAACGGUUUUGGCAGGGGUGUAGUACAAGAGAGCACUCCAAAUACGUCUUUUAAAAGGAAAGCAACAGACGAAACUGAACACAUCCUAGAUGCUGAUGAUGACAAGCUUAGUAAGUUGAGAAGGUUAACUACCAGUAUCAAGAAUAAAUAUCACAAAACCAGCGAAAAGGAUGUAUAG